UUCUGAUCCUACCGUCCUCAUUUGAACGAUGUCAAUUUUAGGGCGUAUCACGAUCUCCCGCAGUUUAGGCCAUCACAGGAAUCUGUCUGUUGCCAACAACAGAAAAACCUGCCUUAAUCUGCUCGCGACAUCUCAACCGUUAGCAUCAACAGGAGACGGAUAUUCCCUGACGCGCGAAUGAUUCGUCAAUCUAUCUUACGUUCCUCCCCACGGCGUCUACCGAUACCGUUGUCCCUCAAUCGACCAGUGUUCCGAGCAACCAUGGCGUCGUCUUCCAACGCAUCGGCGAACAACGAAUGGCUGGUGAUUUUACCGGAUCAGGAGAAUGCGCUUGAGCGACGGUUGGAAGUGCGUCCAAAACAUUUCGCGGGACUAAAGCCAGGCAUUGAAUCCGGCUUCUGGCUAAUGGGAGGUGCUCUCCUCUCCUCUCAUCCACCUCCGGACUCUAAAGACCCUCCUCCCAUGGUCGGGAGCGCUCUGCUAGCGCGAGCAGCUACUCAGGAGGAGUUGUUGGAGAAGCUGAAGGCGGAUCCAUAUACUGUUGGUCAGGUGUGGGAUUGGAACAAAGUACAGAUUUAUCCGUUCAAGUCGGCCAUUCGAUCUGGAAUGUGAGGAGGCUUAACCCCGGGGAGUCGCGUCCAAUGGUCGGCGUAGUGUCUGUGUCAGACUAUUCAUGGCAAUUAGAUGAACAUGGCAGUGGGGUUUAGUGGGGAUGGCGGGAAGUAUGGAAUCGUUCACACAAAUGUCAUGCCAACAGGCCUUACUCAAGUGAGCUGUAGCAUGUUACAUAGCAAUUCUGAUCUCAUGAAGUACUACGUGAGUCGCGCAAGUAUGUACCCCGACAAAGAACCCUUUCCGUAAUGAAACCCGGCAUCACAAU